CUCCCGUCGCCCCACCCACCCCAACCAAAGCCCACUUGUCGCCCCCCACCUUGCCUUCCCCGCGAGGCGACCGACGCGGAGGAUGUGCGAGGGGCGGCGCCCCGGCCACGCGACCCGGCCGCCGUGGGCGCUGGCGGCGGAGCUGCGGCGGAGGGAGGCCGCGGCGGACGCGCGGCUGGCGGCGGCGCGGGCGCGGCUCGCCGAGGCGCUGGCGGAGCUGGAGCGGGCCCGGGCGCGCGCCGCCGAGCUGCAGCGCCGCCUGGAGGAGAACUACGGCAAGCGGCGCCGGCUCAAGCGGGUGGUGGCCGCCACCCGCUUCCGGAUCCACGAGACCCGCGCGCUCCUCCACGACCACCAGGACCCGCAGCCGCCUCCGCUGCAGCAGCUCCCCGCCGAAUCCGAUCCCACCUCCUAGGCCGCUGGGUGACGUCCUGCGCCGAAGGCCGACGAGAUCGGCGGCAGACUGCUAGCCUACACAGCUACUGAUUUCAUUCCCCUUUCUUCUUCUUCUUUCCGCAUCGGAAGCUAGCUAGUAGCCCUAGUAGCUAGCCUCUGUAAUACGAAUGUUCCAUGGAACAUCAAUCAAUCAAUCAAAGGCGGCUUGUCGUA